AUGAGCCUUUGGGAACAAGCAUAUGAAAGUCUAAAAGAAAGCGAGCCGCAUCUUAUUCAAGCAUACGAGAAGAUCCUGGCUCGAGAAUCUGGAUCACAAGGAGUCAUCACGCAUGGAGAUCGGUCGGAAAAAGAAAAAGAGAUGUCUCUCAUCAUCAAAGCAAGGCUUAAUCAAAUGGACGAGAGGCGGUGGAAAAUUAGACUAGGAUCCAAGUCUGUCGAUUGUCGAAAGCAGGUCGACAAAGUCGUUCGGUUCUUGAUCAUAGCCAAAGACAUUAUUCAGCCAGCCGGCAAUGUCGAUCCAGUGCACAUCGGUCUCCCGCUCGUUGGUGUAUGCAUCCUACUCCAACUUUCCGUACGUGACAGCACACAGCGUCUUGAGUUCCUGAAAGGUCUAGAUUAUGUAUCAUAUUUGAUCCCGCGUUACGCUGCUAUUGAGGAGACCUAUCUAGAUAGACAGGAGACUGUCCUGUGGAAGGAGUACAAGGCUGCAAUAACGAGACUUUACGGCCUCGUCCUAGAAUAUGAAGCUCGAGCUGCCUGCCAGCUGGUGAAGAACACUGGAACUCAGCUAAUCAGAAACAUGGUCAUUGCUGACGAUUGGCAAACUAUUAUUGAGCGAUUGAAGACAUUGAACCAGACAUGCGAGGAGCUGAGACAGACAAUUGAUUCAAAUGACCAGCGAACAUGUGCGAUUCGACUGGAUCUCUUGCUGGAGGAACAUGAUAACAAGCUUGCCCAACUGAUACGGGCGUCGGAACGAAAAGAUGAUCUCUUACUAAAAGAAAUUACAUCGACGAGGCAGGAACAGCGAGAAUGGCGAUUGACAGACGAUGAAAGAAAAUGUCUCCAAGCUCUACGAACAUCAGACUACGAGGAACAUAAAUCUAGAAACCCGCACCGAGUAGCUGGAACUUGCCAAUGGUUUCUACAACACCCAAACUUUAAGUCCUGGGUAGAAAGUGAGUCAUCAAAUCUACUUUGGGUCUCUGCAGAUCCUGGUUGCGGUAAAUCAGUGCUUUCGAGGUAUCUUAUCGAGGAGGUAGUCCCCAGCUGCGAGUCACGCACUACAUGCUACUUCUUCUUUAAAGAUGAUAGCACUGAGCAAAAAACUCUCUCAAAUGCGCUCAGUGCAUUGUUGCAUCAAUUGUUCUCUCAGAAUCGCAAAUUGCUUAAUCAUGCACGCCUGCACUUUGAUCGAGAAGGUCUGAAGCUCUCACAGUUGUCUCACACCCUAUGGGCUGUUCUUACAGAAGCAGCGAGUGACCAAGAAGCUGGCAGUAUUGUAUGUAUCCUAGAUGCACUCGACGAAUUGGAAGGAUUGGGUCGAAACGAGCUUAUAACAAAUCUCAAUGCAUUUUACGGUAGCCUCGGAGCUAAGACAUCUAACAUCAACUUUAUCGUCUCUAGCAGGCCAUAUUUUGGUAUCGAGCGCCAGUUCAUGGAGCUUACUAGCCACUUACCCACUAUUCGUCUAGCAGGAGAGGAGGAAUCGGUCAAGCUAAGUCAAGAAAUAGACUUGGUCAUUCAGGAUAGAGUCCGAAAUCUUGGAACCGAAAUUGAUCUCAGCGAAGUCUUGCAGUCAUCUCUCCAAAACAAAUUACGAGCGAUCCCACACAGAACGUACCUAUGGCUCCAUCUCAUCUUUGAUAGAUUUGAUAGUCCAAGUUACACUGAGCGGGAGAUGGAGAAGAUUAUUGAAACCACUCCACAAACUGUGUCCGCCGCCUUCGAAUCUAUCCUAGCGAAGGUCAAGCCAGAAGAUAGGGUGGUGGUCAAAAAACUCUUGCAAUUUGUAGUCGCAGCUGAAAGACCAUUGAGCCUCGAGGAGACACAGAUAGCCAUAAACUUGAAAGACACCACCAAGUCAUAUGAGGAUCUUCAUUUGCUGCCCCUUGAUGUCUUUAGAAAGAGGAUUCGACAUCUUUGUGGCCUAUUUAUAAGCGUCAUCGACUCAAAGGUGUAUUUGAUCCAUCAGACGGCGAAAGAUUUUCUCCUUGGACAUGAAGCUGAGUUGCCUGAAGGCAGCGAAGUCUGUGAAAAUCAUAUAUGCUGGGAGCAUUCAAUUUCACAGAGUGGUGCUCAUCUAUCACUCGCUAACGCCUGCCUUAGUUAUUUAGCGUUCGGAACCUUUGAAGGAAGCCCACUCAGUGCACUAGAAAAGGGGGUUUUUCGAGAAUACUUUCGCGGGAAAUUGUACCGAGGAAAGAAGACUGACAAGCACGGGAAUCACGAUGAUACGGAAUGUGAACAAGGUUUCUCAGCACAGUCAUAUUUGCGCAGGCAUGGGCUCCUUGAGUACGCGGCCUUGCAUUGGGCAAGCCACUUCCACACUGUACAGCACAUGGUAAAUGCACGCACUUGGGAACAAUAUCUGACAAUAUGUGACACCGAUUCAACACGUUUCCAGACAUGGUUCGACAUAUUGCUUGCACAUCGUGUAAAGGAGCCUACGAAGCGUCCAAAGGGUUGUAGUGGCCUUAUGAUCGCUUCCUUUCUUGGGCAUCUAGCAGGUGUGCAUCUGUUCAUUCGCAGAGACAACAAAGUACACGCUGUGGACGAAAAUGGCUGGACGCCCUUGAUAUGGGCGGCGUGCGGAGGCAGCACAGAAGUGGCUCAGCUACUUCUCGAGAGCGGGGCAAACAUUGAGCACAAAGAUUUAAAAGGGCGCACUGCAUUACACACAGCGGUAGCACAUGACGACGAUAGGCUCGUAAGGCAUUUGCUUGAGAGCGGUGCAAAUGCGGACUCAACGGAUCUUGAUGGUACCUCGAUACUAAUAACGGCAGUUCGGAAGUCCUGCCUUCCCAUCAUUCAGGAACUUUUGAAACGAGGGGUUGAUGUCAAUGCAGCAGACUUUUCAGGCAGUACAGCGCUAUAUCAUGCCUUGUGGCGUUACGUGGCGCCUGAUCGCCUUACACUUACAAGAAGGCUUCUUGAACGUGGCGCGAGGACGGAUCUGAUGAUGUCCAGUGGCUACACAGCGUUGAUAUCUGCAGUACGAACCGGUUAUCAGCAGAUGGCUGAAUUGUAUAUUGAAUUCAGCGAUUCAAUUGAGACCAAGGAUACAAAAGGUCGGACGCUACUACUGAUUGCUGCGAGAUACGAGCUUAGGGAGGGUUUUCAUUACCUUAUCGAGCAGGGCGCCGAUGUUGAAGCGAAAGACAAGCGUGGUCAGACAGCAUUGGCACUAGCAGCGAAAAGCGGAGGCGAUAAGUUCUCCUACCCAGAAAGAUAUGAAUCAUUCAUCGCAGAGCUUCUCAAAAGAAAUGCCAACAUAGAAGCAAAAGACAAUCAUGGUCGAACGCCGCUUUCUUGGGCUUCACGAACAGGACUAAUAUCGAUAGUGAAGUGUUUCCUCGAACACGGUGCAGAUGUGAACUCCAAGGAUCGAGAGGGCGCGACGGCGUUAUCGUAUGCGGUCACCUUUGGAAAACCAGACGUGGCUGAACUACUUGUCGAACACGGCGCUAGUGUUGAGUCGAAAUAUGCACACGGGAUGACACCACUGUGGUGGGCUGAUGAUAUCGUGACAGACGAGAAAGCAGAGGAGCAGGAACUGGACGCUGAUGGAGGAGCAAAUCCUGCUGAGUCCUCGUGA